AUGUCAUCAACAGCAUAUGCAUUUGCAAGCACUCAGUUCAGCAUUUACGCUGGCUUGCCUAUCUUUUGCCUUGGCAUUAUCGGUAAUCUGAUCAAUCUUGGUGUAUUAUUCUCAGCUCGCUCAGUACCAUGUUCAUUUUUCUUGUUAAUCUCUUCGUUUUUCAAUAUAAUCGCUCUCUCAACCGGUCUUCUUCCACGAGUACUGUCCACUGGUUUCAACAUCGAUGCCUCAUCAACAAAUACUAUCUGGUGCAAAAGUCGUCUAUUUUUUUCUUACAUAGGUACUCUCGCUUCUAUCACAUGCAUCUGUUUUGCAUCGAUUGAUCGAUGUCUAAUGUCGUGUCGAGAUGUCACAUGGCGCAACCGGAGUACACUGAGAGCAUCGAAGAUUGCGAUCAUGAUUGCAGUCUUAGUUGUUAUAGGGAUGAAUAUUCCUUAUUUAGUUUACUUUACAAUUGUCGAAACGAAAACAGCAACUGGAAAUAUUACAAAACGAUGUUCACUGACAAAUUCCAACUUUGUUCUGUAUGAAAACUAUGUUCUUCGACCGAUUUUUCUUAGUAUUCUGCCUGGCAUAACAUUGAUGAGCACUGGCUUCUUCACUUAUCGUAACAUUACGUCAAUAACUGGGGUUCGAUUACGUGGAACAUUUCAACGAAAUUUAACCUCGAUGAUUCUCUUACAAAUCUUCGUCGUUGUCAUUCCAAUCGUACCAUUUGCAACGAUGAAUAUUUAUUUAACAAUCACAUCAUCAGUAGUUAAAACAUCGAUUCAAGUAGCACAAGAAACGUUAGCUUCUGAUAUCGGAAAUAUUAUUCUAUAUGUUAGUUAUGCAUCAAAUUUCUAUGUCUAUCUCAUUUCAGCAUCGUCAUAUCGUAAGAAUUUUGUAAAAUUGGUUCUGCUUCAUCAAGUACCCAAACAAUGGAAUAGUCCUCUUGGAAUUAUGACAAGAGAACAAGGCGAAAGGUGCAUAGCUUGA